GGUUUAUGCCGUUAGCUCUCCGUUCAGACCAUGGAGUUGAAACGACACUCCUUGCAGGGACACAGUACCUUCUCGCUUCCGAGGCUCACAAACUUCGUCUCCGACGGAACCGCCGCGAAACUACUCGUUCUCAUUCUCCUCGAGCUACCGACCCAGCUAUUGUUGAGUUUAACGAAAGCGGCGACCAUAACGAGAUGGAGUUCGCGGACUGCUUCUGUUGGAAAGCCAACAGCCACGAAUGUGCCGCACCGUAGUAGUUGGGUACCAAAAGGAUGGGCAACCACUCAAUU